GAAGGGGCACCAAAAGGCACUUUAGCAUUCGAAUCCGAAUCAACACUUCAAACCUUUUGUAACAAACUAUCAAUACCCACUUUUUGAAUACCUUCACAACAUCCAUAGCCUACCUUUACUUCAAAAAAAGAGAGAAAAGUUGGGAAACCCGCUAUCCAAGAAAUCCUUGAGGUACAACAAGAAAAAGCAAUGCUUGGCUUCCUGCAUUUGCAAUAGGAUCCAAAAAGCGGCAGACCACGAAGGAACAGCUUUCUUCCCUCUCUACCUCAUGCAGCAACCAAUUUUUUAACACAAAAAAUAAUCAGUCAUCACUUUUCUUCCCUUUGUUUCUGGUUUCUUCAAAUAAACGUCGAUGGGCUCGUCUGGUUCUUAGAGUUCGACAGAAGCACAGAAGUUCAUACUGGCAUAACAAUGGAAGGCCUGGUUCAACAACUGCGGGUAACAUUUAGUGGCAUUGGAGAGGAAAGUCAGGAACCUGUCAACAGAAGAGGGCGCCAGAUCUCCAUACGGAAGGGUCAAUCUUUCAGAGAGAAAAAAGAAGGUGUCAACGUGUUCGGAUGGCAGAUACCUGGCUUAAAAGGUGUACCUUUAGGGUAUGAACCAAGUAGAGAUGGUCAAUUUGAAACUGCCGUGGCGGCAUCUGCUUAUGCCAUAAAAAUGGUGGAAGAACCUGAUGGUUUCAGCCAGAGGAGGUCCGGUGAAGGAAUGGAUUCGAGAUUUAAGCUUAGCAGAAGAAGAGAGGAAGGCGCAGCAAGUCCUUCACAGCUUGGUGAUAUGUCCAGACGGCUAUCCUGGAAGUCCUCUAAAGAAGACAAGCAAUAUAGAGGGGAAGCUUCAUCAAAAACACCAGAGAUUACGGUAGACGGACCAAAGCCAGGAAGAACUCCAACGAUGGGAAGAAUACCGACAUCAACAGAGAAAAGAAAGGUUUCCAAUGGUAGCGGUACAGUGAGGCCUGCAUCAAGACCUACAAAUUAUGUAGCUCCGAGGUUACCAAACAAGCUAGCAAGUAACAAUAAUGAGAUGAAAGCUGCUGCUUGGGAAAUCGCAAAAUUGGCUGCAAUACAACAGAGGUAUGAAGAAUCCGUGAAGGCAAUUGAAGCUUGGGAGAAGAAGAGGCAAAGGAGAGCAAAAUCUAGACUGGAGAGGAAGCAAGAAGAACUAGAGAGGAAGAUAGCAAUAGCUACUGGGGAAUAUCGGGAUGAAAUGAAGUCUGUGAAUAAGAUUGCAGGUGGUGCAAGGUCUCAGGCAGAGGAGAAACGAAGAAAUGAAGAGAUGAAGGUAAAGGAAAGAGCGCGAAGGAUCAGGUUAACGGGAGAGGCUCCUCAGACUUGCUUCUGCUUCUGAGAACUAAGAUCAGUGGUGCAAUUCAAGCAGCUGUAACAAAUAAAAAGAAAUCUGCACCACCAAGGAUCACAUCCGUCCACCUCAAGGACAAUUCUAGUGUAUAGUGAUGAAAACUCAAUUACAAAAAGAGAGAAUAAUUGCCUUUCCUGUAACGCCAAGGCUAUCGGCAUGGCUAAGAUGAAAAGCAAGCAGGAAGCCAUGAUCACUGACUGGAUUAUGUUCUAAAUGAAUGUAUUGGUUGGAUUUGAUAACAUUAGCUGU